AAUGCUCUGGUUUGGCAUACUUGUCAAGUUAUAGCACUUGUGUUGAUUUCUGUGUCGUUUUCUACUGUGGAAAUCGAAUUUCUCUUGUGAGGCGUUUGUCUGCUAUGAGGAAUGCCACUUGAUUCUGAUGACUUUCAGUCGUUGAUUUCUGGGAGAGAGAAACGAAAUCGUAAUCUGGUUUCUGUUGCAUUGCCUGAGCCCUUCGUAGUGGCCUUGGAAAGUAAUCGUAAAGGGAACACAGGGAUAAGAUGAUAUCCAAAACACCACGUGAGAUAUUGAGUUUCGAUUUAAGAUCAUUUCGCGUUUCGCUAUCAGAAAAAAUCAAUAGCUUAGCUGUUUUUUGCUUAUCUUAUAAUUGGAAGGGACUGAAACGGCUGUUUCUCUUCGUUGGACACUCAGUUCUUUCAGAAUCUUUAAUAUAAUGCGAACCUGUAGUUAGAAUGUAAUAUUUAAGGGAGUUCUCGCACAGGUGGGUUAUAAGUCCCGAAACCUGUUCAUCAUUUUACUUAAGGUUUAUACACAUCGAUUGUAGCACCUAAAUACCUUCAUCAUUUUCUCCACUUCUGUAUGAGCUCGUUUACAUGCGAAUUAGUUUCUCAUGUCUUCUUGUUCUUUCACUUAAAAAAGUGUCUAAUUGAUAUUUUUUUGGUGAUUAACACCCUGGUCAACGUGUAUUGACCCACAAUUUCCGAUAAUAAUAUACAAACCAUAGCUUUGGGAUCGUUUAUUUCAUUUAAAUCAUUGUGUUUCUUAUGCAAUAUUGUACUGUGGCUGUCAUUCAAAAUUUGGAAAAGUCCCAUAUAAGUCCUAGGUGAUACAUUAUCCAAUGCCUUGUUGCUGAGAAUACUUGUACUGGAUACACACUAGGGCUUUUGUUACUCACUCUAUAGCUAUAUAGUUCUCGGUAACGUUGGUUUCUAUCAUCACACCCUGAUACCACAUGAGAACAGCUAGUGACAUCUAAAAACUGUAUCUUUGAAUUAAAUAUGGAUAGCUAACGAGAAAACACAUUUAGAAGAGGGUAAGAACAAAGAUUCUAGUAGAAUAACAUGAAUUCAUUUCAUUUCAUUUGGUUGUCUUUAGCUGCUUACAACCUGUGAUAUUUAAAAACAUAAUUACGAAAUGGGUUUAAACUACUUACGUGAAAGUGUUUAGUUGGAAGUUGUUUUAAAGACACGUCAGUAUGGUAUAGUCAGGGUGUAAAUAAAUUCAAUAGACUGAAUUUUGUAAAUGUACAUCUUAUGUAGAAGAACAUUCUACAACAUUGAUUGUAACAAGAUUUCAGUCGGCUAGAAAUUUGCAAUUACAUAAUGAGUAAACGCUGAUAAGAAUAAAACUCAACUGAUAAGAAUAAAAAGAGUAAAGCUCAGUUAGUAAAAUAUGACUAUUAAUGUGGAAGACAGUCAAAUUAUCUGGCACUUUAUCAUAGUUUUCCUGUUGUACUUUUUUAACGUCAAAAUAAAGCCUUAGUCUGGAGGACUUAGUCGCUGACAAUUAAGGUUAGAGACUAGUACAUAUGCCUUAUGAAUUCGUGCUUAAUUCUUUUUUUUUCAAUAUAUCUUUUGAGAAAGUUUUGACCUGUUGAUCUGUUAAUCAUUUGUUAGGUUAUUAUCCAUGAUAUAAUUCUGGACCGUAUGUGACAAAUGGAGUUUUAUGCAGUGUUCAUAUAUGUAUUAAUCAUAAAUACUGCUUCGGCAGCUUACGAAGAUGCUCGGUGUAAAUGUGUCUGUUUACUCCCAAGCUCCUAUAUGAAUAAUACUAAAUCAUCAAAGAAGAUAUAUGUGAAAGCGAUUCCUUCUGAGAAAUGUACCUGUGAAUAUAUGUUACAAAACGAUAAAGACCUUUGUCGUUAUUGUGAAUGCAAAUUUCAGGUUCGAAAUACUGCUACCAUAAAAGUUGUUGUUUGCCUUAUUCUAACAGUCAUCACAGCCUUGGUUUUAUAUAUGCUAUUUCUCUUACUACUGGAACCAUUACUAUCUGCAAGACAUUUAUCGCAUAAAACAAUAAUUGAUAUGGGGAUAUGUUCAGAACCACAACAGCCAAAUAACUUUACUAUUAAUCAACACAAUAAUAAUGACAAGACAAAUGAUGCAAGAUCAACUAAUUCAUGGGCUAAUAUAAACAUUCCUGUUAGUAGUAGUGGUCAUGGCGAUUCAGCUGUAUAUUCUAAAGCGAUUGAUAAGGCAGUUAUUUGGGAUAAAACUAAGUUGAAUCCUAAACAAUUUAUGGAUUCUAAUUUGAGAAUAAUUACAGCUCCUUCAAAUCGCUGGCGAUUACGUAAUCGUUCUGGGCUAAUUUCAAAUGAUCAAGUUGAAGAUCCUAAUGGAUUAAAUCUUACCACAAUACCUUCUACAUCUGUUGGAGUAUCUAGUGUUGUAAAUCGUGUUCGAGAUCAACAACAACGUUGGAAAGGAAAUGUUGAAGCACAACGUACACGUGUCUUUAGUGAACGUAGUUUACUAAAUUAACAUGUAGUAUAACAAUUUAUUUAAAUCUUUUUUCAUCAGUGAUUUCUUUCCUGACAAUAUAACAUUAGUUAGGAGUCCUGGUUCACUUGUCUGAAACCUAUAUGACUGUUGAUUUUCUCAUAUAUUGUUCAUUAAAAAACAAAUAAUGGAUCAGCUUUAGAAAGUUGAAAUAUAAUUUCUAAAUGUCAUUGGAAUACUGAACUGUGUGUAUAUACAAUAAUUAUUUGGUCAACGUUAUUUAUUUGCUUAAUUGAAACUUUUUAAUCUCAUAUACUUAACUAUUUGUUGUAUAAUCAAACUAACAAUUUUUGUUCAUGAUUCGUGAACUUGACUGUAAUUCAUUAUUCAGUUUUAUCUUACUUUUUCAUUCAAUUACAAUCACAAGAUGUAAAAUGCAAUUAUUUGUCACGUUAAAAUCCGGUGGAGU